AUGCCCGGUACAGUUUCCUCACAUACUUAUUCGCGCGAGGAAAUCGCAAAGAACAACACCGAAGAUUCUUUGUGGUGCAUCGUCGACCACAAAGUGUACGACCUCACGGAUUUUCUGGACGCGCAUCCUGGUGGCAACGUGGUCUUGCAGCAAGUCGCGGGUCAAGAUGCUACGACAGCUUUCUACAAUUUACACCGACAUGAAGUCCUGCAAAAGUACUCGUCCUUGUGCAUCGGCAUUGUGCAAAACGAAACUCCGGAAGUGAUUGAUCCUCAGCCUGGGGAUCUCAGCGCAGUGCCAUACGCAGAGCCUACUUGGCUCAGUCCCCGGUUCACCAGCCCAUACUACACUGAUUCACACCGCAAGUUCAGAAAGAGCCUCAGAGAAUUUGUGGAUGCGGAGCUCAAACCAGAGGCACAAGAGAAAGAAGCUGAUGGCACAUAUAUCAGUCAGGAAAUGAUCGAUAAGAUGGCAAAGAACAACAUGCUGGCUAUGCGACUCGGUCCCGGACAGCAUCUACACGGCCGAAUGGUGCCAGGCGGCGUCAGGGGCGAAGACUUCGACUAUUUCCACGAUCUGAUCACAUGUCAGGAACUUGCUCGGGUUCUGUCAAGAGGCUUUCAAGAUGGAAACAUGGCAGGCAUGUCAAUCUCCCUCACUGCCGUCAGAAGCUGGAUGAAAGAUGUCAAGCUGAGAGAUGCUGUCACGGAAGAAUGCCUGAGUGGAAGAAAGAAGAUGUCGCUCGCCAUCACGGAAGCUUUUGCUGGUAGUGAUGUCGCUGGCCUUCGUACCACCGCUGAAAAGACGGCCGAUGGCUCCCACUACAUGAUCAACGGCACCAAGAAAUGGAUAACCAACGGCAUGUUCAGCGACUACUUUGUCGUUGGCUGCAAGACUGUCAAAGGCUUCAGCGUGAUCUUGGUUCCAAGGGACGACAAUGUCGAGACCAAGAAGAUCAAGACAAGCUACUCAACGGCGGCUGCCACAGCCUACAUCCAAUUCGACAAUGUCAAGGUCCCUGUCAAUCAUCUCUUGGGCGAAGAGGACAAAGGCUUUGAGGUCAUCAUGAGCAACUUUAACCACGAGCGCUGGGCAAUGACAGCAGCAGUGAUACAGUGGAUGCGAGCUGUCACGGAAGAGUGCCUGAAGUGGAGCACCCAGCGUAUUGUCUUCGGAAAGCCGCUCUCUGAGCAACCGGUCAUCCGUGGAAAACUUGCACGCAUGAUUCAACACACCGAAGCCACCCAAGCUUGGCUCGAACAAAUCACGUAUCAGAUGAACACGAUGUCCUAUCGAGACCAGAACAAGUAUCUUGGAGGCCCUGUCGGCUUGCUCAAGUCCUUUACAACUCGCUGUGCUCAUGAAGUCGCCGAUGAUGCCUGCAACGUCUUUGGAGGCCGUGGUAUCACUCAAGGAGGUAUGGGAAAAGUUGUCGAGCAGUUCCAUCGCACGUACAAAUUCGACGCUAUCUUGGGUGGAACGGAGGAGAUUCUGAGCGAUCUGGGCGUCAGACAAGCUCUUAAGCAGAUGCCCAAGGCCAGGCUAUAG